UUGCCAACUCCCCAUCCAUAUUCACUAUCCCCCCCUUCUCUCUCUUUCUUCUCUCUCUCUUUCUCUCUCUCUUUCUCAUUCUCUCUCUCUCUCUUUUCUUUCUCUCUCUCUCUCUCUCUCUCUCCUUAAAACAAAGUGCACCGCUUUUGUGUGACCGCCUGAAACCAAAGCCCAGGAUUACAAUUGUAUAAUCAGUAGCCAGUCUAUGCCUGUGGUGCCUGUGUGUGUGUGUGUGUGUGUGUGUGUGUGUGUGUGUGUGUGUGUGUGUGUGUGUGUGUGUGCGCUGCCUACUGGGCGACAGAGUGUGCCACCUCUCAGUUUUUUCCACUCUCUCGUACGAGUGAAUCCUGGAGACAGCUAGUCUGACUUCACCUCACUUGGAGAUCUCUCUCGUACGAGUGAAUCCUGAGGACAGCUAGUCUGACUUCACCUCACUUGGAGAUCUCUCUCGUACGAGUGAAUCCUGGAGAUCUGUUCAUCUCUAGAAUGCCUCGCAAACUUUGGAAACAGGAGUUGCUGACCAUCUCCAAUGUUCCACUGGCCGACUGCCCCCCCUCCCCUCCUCGAACCGCCCCGCCCACCAUGAAGUCUGGCCAGUUCUUUGACACGCUGGACAGAAUGGAGCAGGUUUCUGAGGUGGAAGAGAUGAGGACAGGCCCACAGAGACUCAAGGACGACUACAUUCCAUAUCCAGGGAUUGAGGAGGUCCUACAGAGGGGAGAGCCGUAUCCCCAGGUCAUUCUGCCUCAGUUUGGCGGCUACUGGAUAGAGGACGAUGAGACCGAUGGUGCCGCCCCAUCCAGCAAGGACACCAGCGCCUGUAACGGGCAGGACGGUGAGGGGACAGGCCCUGAGGGGGGGUUUGGCUACCUGCUGGAGAGGAACAGUGCAGCCCGUGCCUAUCGCAAGCACUUCCUGGGAAAGGAGCAUCUCAAUUUCUACUGCACAGCAAGCAGCCAUGGCAACCUUAUUCUCUCCAUGAGACAUGAGGAGCAGGAGGACCAGGAGUACCUGCACAUCAUCCUCAGAUGUCAGUCAAAGACAGUCUACGACAGAAUCUCUCUGGCAGGCCUACCGGAGAUGCCGAGCAUUGCCCAGUUAGCUAAGCUUCUGUGCGAAGACAUUGUCAACCUGAAAUUCCAGCCGGUGUUGUAUCCAAAGGGUUCCCAGUUGAUAGUCAGUUAUGAUGAACAUGAAGUGAACAACACAUUCAAGUUUGGCGUUGUCUACCAGAGGUUUGGACAGAUAUCUGAGGAAGAGCUCUUCAGGAACAACGAGGAGACGCCUGCUUUCACUGAGUUCCUCAGCAUUCUGGGAGACUGCGUAGACCUGCAGGACUUCAAAGGGUUCCGUGGAGGCCUAGAUGUCUCUCAUGGCCAGACGGGCACUCAGUCGGUCUACACGGUGUUCCGCGAGCAGGAGCUCAUGUUCCACGUCUCCACAAAGCUGCCCUACACAGAGGGAGACACACAGCAGCUACAGAGGAAGCGACAUAUAGGAAAUGACAUUGUUGCAGUGGUGUUCCAGGAAGGGGCCACACCAUUUGUGCCUGAUCUGAUUGCAUCCAACUUCCUCCAUGCCUAUAUUAUAGUGCAAGUGGACAACCCAUGCACAGAUGACACAACAUAUAAGGUGUCUGUAACAGCACGUGAAGAUGUCCCAUGCUUUGGUCCACCUCUGCCAAACCCACCUGUCUUUAAAAAGGGCCCCGAAUUCAGAGAGUUCCUGCUGACGAAGCUGAUCAACGCGGAGAACGCCUGCUAUAAGGCGGAACGCUUCGCCAAGCUGGAGGAAAGGACGCGGGCUGCCCUGCUCGACAACCUCCACGACGAGCUCCACAGACAGACACAGGUCAUGCUGGGGCUUCCACUUAGCUCAGAGGAAGACAAAAUGGAGAACGGGGGUCACAGUGGGCUAAUCGAGUCCAUUAAGCGGGCGAUGAGAGUGCGAAGCCACUCCAUGGACACGAUGGUGGGCUCGCACAAGAACAACCGCUACUCCAUGGUGGGCGGAGGCGUUCCCACCAGCCUCAGUGGCAGCGGGCUGACGCAGGCGGGGGCGGAUGGCGGCAAAGGGGGUUCAUCAGGUCCAAAGUCUCCGUUGAAAAGUCCAGUGAAGCGACGCUCGGGGCUUUUCCCUCGGCUGCACACGAGCGUAGAUGGCCAGACGGAGCGUCUCUCACGCAGUGACCAAAGGAAUUCAGACAGUGGUCAUCCAUCACAGGAAGUGAGGUCAGAGACCUCAUCCAACCCUAGCUCUCCAGAGAUCUUCCAGAACAAGGACAGUCGGACGUUCUUGAAGAUGAAGGACAGCAACGGGAAACCCAACAUGUCCAGGUCAUCCUCCAGCACCAGCAGCUUCAGCAGUGUAGCAGGGGAUGGAGACACGCUGGAGGAGGCAGACCCAAACAAUCCAGUUUCGCCAAGUUACCCUCCAGUGUAUAGUCCCACCCUCAGUGUGGAAGGUCAGACUUCAGGGACCCCAGUCAUCAUGUGUCGGA